CCAACGCCAAUCUAACACCAAUCACGCUGACCCUAAAUGCACACUAACCCCGUAGCUCGCACACCACAAGUCGCACUAUCGCUCGAACUACCAUGCGUGGUCGCUAUCUCAGCCUCUCUCUCAAACAGGGGUCAACGGUUAGCUUGCUGCUCAGCCUCGUCGCUGGUAGAGAGGGUGUAGUGAACAGCCACAAUGGCCUCCCUCAAUGUCGAGAUAAGGACCAUGGACCAUGAGGUAUAAAGGCGUCAUCUAGAAUGUCUGGCGGAUGGAAUCAAUAGACUUUUCCUUCUAAGCUUUCAACUUACCUUAUAUAUUUGCUAGAGAUUUUUGUUCUUUGCGCUGCUUGUGUUCUACGUACUUGAACCGCAACCACUGAGCAAGCGCUUCCCCUUUAGUUGUCUAUUGCAUAUCCAGCCUGCCCUUGCUGCCCAUCCAGCACACCACAUAAUGACACGCCAUCUCUCCGACAUUCUCGGAAUCUACCCAGAAAGCCAGUCCUGCGUUGGCUGGGCGCCCUCACAGGGCCGUCACUGCCGCAACCCCACAAACGCCAGAAACCGCCGACAUGCAGUUUCCCUUCUCGACCAAGGGACCCGCUUGCUCAAAGCCGGUCAGUCUAUUGAUCAUAUACUUGAGGAGUUGGCUCCUCUCGUCCUCUGCCGACAUUAUCAUCAGAACCAAGCCGCCGGCCUAAGUAAUACUUGGGUCUCUCGGGUCGAUGAAUACAUCGCUAAACAUCGAUCUUCUCCUAGGAUCUCGCCGAGUAGAUCGAUGCCUCGGCGGUCACCGUCACCAAGGAUGCGUGAUGAAACAAGAAUCAUAGAGAAUAGACUUGCGGAACUCGAAAGGAAGAUGCAGGAUGCAAUUCGUAAGGCAGAGCGAGCGGAGUGGGAGAAAGAGCAGGCGAAGAGAGACGCAGAGCGCACUAGACGGGACACUGAAGACAUGGUUAGACGAAGUGCGGCUAUGGGAUAUGCCCGAGGACAGGAAGAAGCGAGAAGAAGAGCCUCUCCACCUCCUACUGUUGAGACUGAGACUACUACGGUGGAACAAAAUGAGGCGUACGGGUUCCAGAGAAGCUCGGUGUCGAGUGGCUUGCUGUCUUCACGAAGGCAGGAUGCCCUUGGAGGGAGUGUCGAGACAACCUUGCAGGUCAACACUUCUACCAGCACGAACGUGCAACUACACAGAAGCACAGUCGUUAGCACAACCAGGGUCCAGAGGACAAGCGAUGGCUCAGCUACUCCUGCUCAAGCUGAACGACGUGCUGCUACCCCGAGCUCUGUGUCCAGAAUAGUCGAGAUCGGUGAUACUAGCGAUGCGCUAGCUACUCCAUCUCCUGCCCAGCGAAGCAGCACCAAUGUUACCUCCGGCUCCAACACCACGAGCUCGAGCACAAUAAGAGCAAUUAGCCUUCCCAGCGCAGAAACCGAGUCUGCCAAUACCACAACUACACUCAACAGUGAAGAGCGUCCUUCAUCCACAACCACUCAAGGACCCGAAUCCACCAAUCCCACAGGAACCUCAGAAACUUCCACUCCAAACCCUCAACUCCCGAGCCCUCCUCCCUCAAACAACGAAGAACCUCACUCUACUCCCACAGGCACCCCAGAAUCCACAACUACCCAGGAACCUACACCCCAGUCUACCUCUAUUGCCUCUACCUCUACCUCUACCACCCCCACUCCCUCCACUCCACCCACAAUCUCAGAACAUGGCAUCACCCGCCACCCCAUCGAAGGCGACUGCUGCAUCUGCCUCUGCCCUCUACAGAGAUAUCCUACCCAAUACAGCCAUAACCCUGAGGACGACACCUCUGUCGUCUGGUGCCAGAAGCAAUGCGGAAAUAACUUCCACCGCGAGUGUAUGGAUCGGUGGAUAGCUUCGGCGCUUGAUGGUGAUCGGCAGACGAGUUGUCCGAUGUGUCGGGGGAAGUGGUGAUAGCUCUUUCCUUUCCCUUAAGUCGUCGAUUUGGUUGUUUGUGAGUUGUUGGGGUCGGAGUUUGGGAUAUAUUCCUGUUGGUUAUUGCAUGAGUUACGAUUCAUGGUGUUAUGAUGUGAUUUGAGGUGAUGUGAUAUCCUUGGUAAUCUUUCGCUUUGAUUGCUGGUGUUGGUGUUGGUGGGUAAUACAAUACCUUAAUGACUUCUAGCUCAUUUAUACUAUUUGUUAUGAUACUUAAAGGUUGCAUUCUAUUUUUAUGCAGUGUGCGUGGUAUUGUGGGGUCUAAGCUCGUAGACUAUACUACAUAGAGACUGUAUUCCUUUAGUUUACUUGUUCAUUCAUGA